CCGUCACAUGAGUUUUAACUAUAUUCUGAUUGGGCCUCCUAAUUGAUUUGCUAGAUUAUUCACUUAUCUGCGCAAUUUCAACCAAACAGAUGGGUUAUGCAAUGGUACAAUGAUGGUGGUAACACAGAUCAUGACCGAAAAAGAUGUUGGGGAACGGGUUCUAAUCCCUAGGAUUCAGCUGACCUCCAUAGAUACCAUGUAUCCUUCCACAUUUCGUCGACGCCAGUAUCAAGAGAUCAAUGGAUUGUUUGAUGCAAUAAUUGUUGUUUCAGAACCAAAAUGGUCUUCCAAGUUAAUAGUCUAAAUACAACUACAAUGCAAACAUACUAAUAACACUCAUAAACUGGUGUAAACAUGACUAACCAGUAAAAUUUAUCACACUAUCAAACAAAUGAACAUACAAAAAUUCAUUGAGAAAAUAUAUAUUUUAAUUCUUAGUCAUUAGACAAUAUAUCACAUCCCGCCCGUAGGCCCGGACGGGCCGACCCUAGUAUUUAUAUAUUUUAUUAACAAUAGUAAUUGUCGGUUCUGUAAAACAUACACUGACAUAUGAGAAGACACCGCGUCCAAGGAUUCCCAAAUUAAAAUAUUUAUCUAAUUUUGGAUAAAAAAAGAAAUAUCAGUCCCAGUUCCUUUCACGUCGUCACACGUGGAUAACUCUUAUCAAAACGCAUCGUUCUGUUGCUUACGCAAGCACACAAGCUCUCAAGAUACAGAGAGAGAGAGAGAGAGAGAGAGCGAUUCGAUUCAAAAGUCUAUUCUUUUCGUUGCAAAGCUUACGAGUAUUCCAUUAAAUGUAAGCGGCCAUAUAUCACUCUGCUGAUGUAGUAGUAUCUUCCUCCACUGCUUAAAGCGGUACUGAUGGAGGUUUGAUUUACUAAAGUUGCUACGUGAGGGCGUUUUCAAGAAUCCUUCUUUGCUUUCUAAUCAUCAACGUUAUGGAACACCCUUUUGCUUCCAGAGACAAGGUGUUUGGUUAUCAAGAUAUCUCAACAGAAGAGAUGGAUAGUUUCAGCUUUGGUUCUGGUGUUAGGAGCUUGAUCUCUGACGAUAUGUUUAACUCAUCUUCCAACUCUGAGCUUGUGAAUUUCGACUCUUUCUCCACAUGGUGUAACAGCCCUUCCGUGAGUGAUGUCUUGUUCGCCCAAUAUGGUCUGUCGACCUCUCAGUCUAUGCCUUUUGGAGCUAUCACUUCAGCUCAUGCACCCGAGCUGAGAGCUGCUACUUUACCAGGUCUUACUCGUUCAUUUCAUGAUAUGGAAAGCUCUUACUAUGGUGAAGAAAGACCGUCACUACAGGAAAUGAUCUCUCAGUUUGAUCACUCGUUAGAUAGCGUUCAGUUAAGUGGUAAACGGCGCAGGGUGGCUAACCAGAAGAAUGGUUUUCCUAACUUGAUGAACUGUACUAUCCCUAGGUCUUUGAGCCACUCACUAGAUGAGAAGAUGCUCAAGGCACUAAGCUUGUUUUUAGAGUCCUCAGGUUCAGGAGAGGGCAUUUUAGCUCAAGUUUGGACUCCUAUUAAGAUAGGAGACCAGCACGUGCUCAGUACAUGUGAUCAGGCCUAUUUGCUUGACCCGAGGCUUUCUCAGUACCGUGAAGUCUCGAGGAAAUUCACUUUUGCCUCUGAAGCAAAUCAGUGCUCUUUUCCGGGUCUUCCUGGCCGUGUCUUCAUCUCCGGAGUACCUGAGUGGACGUCAAACGUUGUGUAUUACAAGACGGAUGAGUAUCUGCGUAUGAAGCAUGCAAUAGAUAAUGAAGUCCGUGGUUCCAUUGCUAUACCUAUCCUUGAAGCUUCUGGGACAACUUGUUGUGCCGUCAUGGAGCUCGUCACUUCCAAGGAAAAGCCUAAUUUUGAUACGGAGAUGGACUCUGUCUGCCGUGCUCUCCAGGCUGUAAACUUACGGACAUCAGCGAGCCCUCGCCCUCAGUUCCUCUCCAGUAAUCAAAGAGACGCUUUAGCUGAAAUACAAGAUGUUCUCCGAGCAGUAUGUCACGCACACAGGCUGCCUUUAGCUCUAGCCUGGAUUCCUUGUAGUUACGGCAAGGGGGGAAAGAAUCAAUCAGGUGAAAGUUGUGUUCUUUGCGUAGAGGAAACAGCUUGUUAUGUGAAUGAUACGGAGAUGGAAGGCUUUGUGCACGUUUGUUUGGAGCAUUGUCUAAGAGAAAAAGAAGGAAUUGUUGGCAGAGCUUUCGUAUCAAACAAGCCGUUAUUUUCUUCUGAUGUGAAGGCUUAUGACAUCAGUGAGUACCCUCUUGUUCAGCAUGCUCGAAAGUACGGUCUGAAUGCUGCUGUUGCUAUAAAACUGAGGAGCACUUACACUGGUGAAGAUGAUUACAUACUUGAACUGUUCUUGCCUGUAAGUAUGAAAGGGAGCUUGGAGCAACAGCUUCUAUUAGACAGCCUUUCCGGUACUAUGCAGAGAAUUUGUCGAACUCUUAGAACCGUUUCAGAUAUAGGGGAAGCUAAAAAAGAAGUGAGUAAAACUGGAGUUCUGACUGCAUGUUCAGGAAACUUCCAGACAAUGUUAUCAGAUUCAGAACUUAACUCUACUAGAAAUAUAUUUUCGGAUAUGUCCUCUGAUAAAGAUAGCAGUGGUACAGGCUCUCAAGGCACUUAUGAGCAGGAAAUGAGCAAAGCUAGAACACCAGAGAAGAAGAAAAGUACAACAGAGAAGAAUGUGAGCUUAAGUGUUCUCCAACAACAUUUUUCUGGGAGUCUUAAGGAUGCUGCAAAAAGCCUUGGUGUUUGUCCCACUACACUGAAACGAUGCAGACAACAUGGGAUCAUGAGGUGGCCAUCUCGCAAGAUAAACAAAGUGAACAGGUCACUAAGGAAAAUACAGACGGUGCUUGACUCUGUCCAAGGUGUGGAAGGAGGACUGAAAUUUGACUCGACCACAGGCGAGUUCGUUGCAGUUUGCCCUUUUAUCAAAGAACUUGAUACCCAGAAGGAUCCUGUUAGAGGUCAGGAAGAUACGGCUCAAGAUACUUCGUUUGAGCUCUUGGAAGCUAAAUCAGUCGACAAUGCAAUCAAGUUAGAGGAGGAUAUCAUCGCAAACGGAUCAUUCGUGGAGGUUGAUGCUAGUGGUCAGCAAUGGGCUUGGAUGGCCGAACAGUCUGGCUUUAAUGGCAACUUAAGCUCUCAGGCAAUCAGAUGCAGUGGCAGUAUCAACGAACCUAACCAGUCCAUGUCAUGCAGCAUGUCAGGUUCAUCAAAUGGCUCAGGUGCAGUUAUGCUACGAAGCUCAUCUACUUCCAUGGACGAUAGUAACCAAGUUAGAACACAGAAAAGCAACAGCAGCGAGAGUGGAUCAACAACGCUCACUGUAAAAGCUACUUACAGAGAAGACACAAUACGUUUCAAGUUCGAGCCGUCGCUUGGGUGUUCUCAGCUGUACAAAGAAGUUAGGAAACGGUUUAAACUGCAAGAAGAGUCGUUUCAACUCAAGUACUUAGACGAUGAAGAAGAAUGGGUGAUGCUGGUUACAGAUUCUGAUCUCCAAGAGUGCUUGGAGAUAUUAUAUGGUAUGGGAAAACACACUGUGAAGUUCCUGGUCCGUGAUCUGCCUGCGCCUAUAGGUAGUUCUGCCGGCAGCAACUGUUACCUAGGAACAGGCUUAUAGCAUCUACUGCUCAGUUAUGUUAUCCCUUGUGAAAGAAUGUUUUUUAUUUCUCCAUAUAUUAGUUUGCUUAUAAGAAAAGGUAUGAGGGAUAAAGACAGUUUUGGCAUAGUGGAGUCAGGAUACUGUAUAUGUUUGUCCUUUUAUAUAAACCAGAGAAUAAGAAGUUUGAUGUCUAAGGCAAGUUACUGAUGUACUCUUGGAAAAUUAGUUUUGGUGUGUUUCGGUUC